AGCUGAGGGCGCGAGCAUCAAUCAAUUCUUUUCCUCUGUAUCAUAUCUUAAUUUCCUCGCAUAUCUUCCUACGUCCUGCAGCAGUCCCUCCCUCUCAUCCAUCCACUCAGGCGUCUUCCAGUCCCUAGUCCCAUUAAUUCUCCUCUUCUCCUCCUGAACUAGUGCACAAGCGCUUCCUGAUUCCAGCUUGGCCUGAUAAUCUCGACUUGCAGCAUCCAAGACAAUUGCCCUUCCGCGUCAAUCCUUCUACUCCAUAUCUGGGCCUCUACCGGCGCGACCUACCCUUACCAAGGCGACACCCGAGAGGCAAUAAGACUUGUCAAUUCCCACCCAACACACUCCCUCGCCCACUUUUCCUCCUUUCAAUACUCCUAUACUGGACAGAUCGAGAUUCUGUUUGCUGCUGCAUCCAGCUUGAUUAUAUACGAUUGUCCACGACGCAAGAAAAAUAAUAAUAAAUAAACAAUCGUGACAAUCGACUUCACAAUUGCUUUAGGUAUUAAUUGUUCCGGGCGAACCCUUACCUCGUCAUAAUUCACCGGCACACUACGAUCGAUCCCCAUCAAAUCGAUCUUGGUUACCCAGGACCUAAUUGACUUGGAACCACCAUUUUGUGGUUCAAUUGGGCAUUUUGGGGAUCCUUUUGCAACACCUAAGUCCACGUCACAACUUACAACACAACACAAUGGCUGCUGUCACUCGCCAACCGUUCGCACCUCUUAACGAGACACGCCUACAGGCGUUGACUAGCCUAAAAAACCGACAAAAUGCCAUCCCGAACUCUCCCGCGAAGCGAAAAGCCGCCGACACUUUAGAUGCGGAUGAUUUUGAGAACGUUGACCCGGUACUCUUUUCUAAGCGAUCAAAGGGUUCCGACAAUCUCUCGCCUUCCAAGGAUUCCUUCAUCAAGCCAUCAUCCUUUAUCCUCACGAAGUCUGUCAGCUCCAGCGAUGUUCCUCUCGCCACUCAACCGAAGCCAGUUGUCCCACGUCCGCGAUCAGUACUCAACCCCAAGUCACCUACCAACAGGAUCAACACCAGCAUAACCAAGUCUUCGACUCCUCUCUCAGCACCCGCUGGUCGCUCACCUACCCGCAGCAAGCGCUCCGGCAUCCUCUCCUCGCGCCGACGCACUAACGGUGCAUUCUCGCGCGUAGACCCGCCAUCCUAUGGUGCCUCAUCAUCGACUCCGUUUUCCCUGGACGCCGCUCUUAAGGGGACGAUCGCGACCUACGGAAGUCGCAAUGGCCCACUAUCCGCCUCCAGGUCGUCAUCAUCCAGCUCUUUGGGCCUGGAUGACUUACACAAGGGUGAGAUGAAGGAAUCCUGGUUCUUUGAUAUCCACGAGGAUACACCGGAGCAGGAGAUGACGAAUCUCUUGCAGCACGGCACUUGUGUCCUUGACAUUAGCUCUGAUGAGGAGAGCGAGAGCCGUCGACAGCGUGAGAAUGCCGAGGGCAAGGAGAAUAUCCCGCCCGUUGAUGAUGUUUCGCAGACUUCGCGCCCACGUGCGGCUCGUUUGGUCUCGGAUGAUGAGAUGGUGUUUGAGAAGGAGCGUAACCCGCUUGGUGAGAUGGAUGUUCGAGAUUACUAUUCUGAGGGUCUCGAUGCGAACUCCAUCGUUAUCGUUCCUGGUGAUGAGGACGAGGAGGAGCAGUCCCAGAAGCAAGAGGCGCAGCAAGUCGCCGGUGACGUACCUGCUGAGGAGUGUGUCGCUGUUCUACAGUCUGUCACAGAAGAGGCAGCGAAGUCGGUCGACGAGUUGAUGCAAAAGACCGAAGAACCUGUUCCUUGCGCCUCUCUACUUGAGCCGAUGGAGGGCACAGGUGAGAGCUUCGAGGUAUGGGAGAGCGGAAGCGCAAAGGAUGAGGCGGAGACCGUUACAGUUGAGGGGACAGCAUGCUAAUAGGGACAUGGACAUACUCUGCGCGUUUCUGAUUCUCUCGGACUGGUUAAUUUUCCUCGGUCCUCUAAUUCCUAGAUAGUACUAUAGCCUGCAGGAGGCGGAGUCACGGGCGUUACGGACUACGGCCAUCAAGGCAUAGGGAAAGCAAGGGGAUACGGUUAAUGGUAAGGGAUCGGGACCGGCUAUUUGUAUUGCUUUUACUGCCUGUACACGUUUUACUUGUUUGAGUCUUUUUCUUCAGGACCUGUGGCCUCGGCUUGAGGCGGUUCUGAAUACACGCUCUGAUCGUCGCUUGGAGCACUUGUGCCCGGUUGGGUACUAUUAUUGCUGUGGCUAUUGAGGAUCAUGGCAAAGAUGGCGACAAACCGAAUGUAGUCUUGACAACGAACUCGACCUAGGUAGCUUACUUCGGUACCAAUACAUAUGUUGCUUGUAGAA